UACAAUAAAGCAGCACUGUUCGUUACUGUUACAUGCUUGUGUCAGUCCACACGUUAAACAUGGUGUCAGAAGUCGGCCUGAAAACCCUGCUCACCCGUGAAAAAGCUCACCAAACGUAAGAAACUGUGUCUGACUUUUGACUAUAGCAUCGCUAGGAUCAACUGUUUUGCCCUGUGACUCAUGUAGGCAGUCGCUGGGAACGCUAAAAGUUGACCUUAUUCACCGCGUAGUUUUCGCCACGCACGGACAGUCAUCUACGGUGGCCUGUACUUGCCACGUACGGCCAUACUUCUAUAUGCAUAGGACAAUCGUGAUUCUGUGUUGUCAUUAUGGCACAGUCACUGAUUCCGGCUCCAUCAAAGAUGGAUGUGAAAGGCGAUAUAGUCAGCAACUGGCAGUAUUUCAGAAAUAGUUGGCAGAACUAUGAAAUAGCUAUUGGACUGACAGGAAAACCAGACACCAUUCGAGUUGCUACCCUGCUUUCAGUAAUGGGUAAAGAAUGUUACCAAGUAUACGAGAACCUGCCUUUGACUGAGGAAGAGAAACAAAACUCUAAAACAAUCCUCGAGAAUUUCGGUGAGCAUUUUGAGCCUAAAAGAAACAUAAUCUAUGAACGUUAUGUGUUCAACUCGGCCACUCAAGACGCAAACGAGAACAUUGAACAGUAUCUCAACCGUUUACGCAAAUUAGCAUCAACAUGCAAAUUUGGUGCUCUCCAAGACGAAAUGCUGCAAGAUCGGCUUGUGAUUGGCAUCAGAGACAAUCCAACACGCGCAAGACUGCUCAGAGAGUCAAAACUGACACUUACCAAGGCCCUCGAUAUCUGUAGAAGCAGUGAAGCCACUUCGCUACCAUAUGAAUUUCUUAGCGCAACCUAAGCGACAGGCUUCCGCUGCAUUUUGUGCAAAGUGGAAAUCCUCCAAAAAACCUCCAAAAACGCACAAUUUUUUUCCUUUUUGAGAGCAUAACUUUUGAACCCUCGAUGCUUUCAAGUUCGUUCUUUCGGCAAAUUGAAAGCUCAUUAUUCCUCUUUUUAAUGAUAUUUUAAGAUUAUUUUUUAAUUACUUUAAAGAUCCGUCAUUUUUCAAGUACAAACAGUCGGUAUCUCCAAUUUUACAAUGCAAAAACGAUGUUCACGAAGAAUCCUGUCACACAACGCGGCUCAUAUGAACUCACAACUCUGGACGCCCUCUACCGAUUUCUUUUUUUCGAGCUAUAAAAUAAACAGCAUGAGUUUGUCCAAAGCUGAUGUAAAAAUGAAGUUGAUUGGCCAAUGUUAAAGCCCGUCCAUUUCAGCCUAAAGUUUUGCGCUAAUCAGAAGCGUUGUUUGAAACUGCAUUGGAACGUGUACGAUCAACAGAUGAUAAUCGACCUACUCCGAUUGCUGUGCUGCCAACUUGCUGUUUCUCUCCGAAUCCGAUGGAAUUAAGGACGAAGAAAAAUAUAGACUACUGUGCCCUUGACAGAGGUGAGCCCAUCAAAGCUGUGGCGGAGAAGACGUGGCCAACAGCAAAAACUGUGGUGAUUUGAGACAAUAGACCGCCCAAUCAGAGGAAGUCAGAGCUGCCAUAUCUUUAGCCACAUUUAUCUCAUUGCCAGAGCUUACUUUUGCCAACAAAUUCGAACUAUUUUAUGUUAAAAAUCAUGUAUAUGAAUGUACAUGUACGUAUGUUAGUUGUUCCUGAUAGCCAUUGCAAUUGUAUUGUGUACUUUGAUGUUUUAUGUUGUAUGUUAUAAUUGUCUUAUCCAUACGCCUUGUUUGACGUGUGUGAAAUAAAAUAAAACAGGAAUACAUGCAGAUAAAUUGUUUUUUUUUAGUCAUAAAGGAAGUCACCAUAUCAGUACUUGUGUCGCCAAUUGUUUAUGUUCAACAACCACUUCCUCUUAUGCAGCCUACUCCCCCACCCCUGCUUUGAAAGUGGGAUAUUCCAUCAGCUCAUUGCCCUUCUUCAUGGAUGAACGAACACCUCACAGACCUUGUAUGAGAUAAGGGCACACACGUAACUCUAAGGGCAGAUGCACAGCAUUUGUUGAAGCUUCUUAAGUGUCGAAUUUGACUUCGAGGAAUUCAUAUGUCUCCAGUUGAUGGAGAAGACAGAGGAAAAAGUGCAUCAGGUCAAAUCUAAGCCCAAAUCACAAAGCCGGCAGCACAAGCAGUCAACAUGCGAGUACUGUGGAGAGAGCCACCAACGUGGGAAGUGCCCAGCCUACGGACACGAGUGCCUUAAAUGUCACAAGCAAAACCACUUUGCAAAGGUGUGCCAAUCAGCAGGACCAGACAAAAGUGGCAAACCCAAAGCAUGGCCAAAGAAGAACGCUAAGCAGAAAGUUCAUCAAGUUGCCGCUGACGCAGAUGAUCUCAGCAGUGAUGAGAGCAUCUACAACAUACAUACGGUUUCAAAGGGCACCCAGUACUUUGUCAAUCUGCAGACCAGACCUCGCUCAGGUGGCACACCAGCAGUCCUGAAGUUCCAGAUAGACACUGGUGCUACAUGCAGCACACUGAGACUUCAGGAUUACCAGAGAGUGACAACAGAGCCGUUGCAGCCAUCAACAGCAAAACUGAGGCUGUAUGACAAGUCAGUCAUUAAGCCCACUGGAGCAACUACACUCCGGUGUAAGACAGACAAUGGAACGACAAAACUCAUUCACUUUGAGGUUGUGGACAAAGCACCAACAUCCUUGCUGUCAGGCAGAGCCAGCGAGGCAUUGGAACUGCUGCAAUUCAGCCAGGAGCAUGUAGUUCACACAGUCAGGAAAGAACCAACCCUGACUAAGGACUACAUACUGCAAGAAUACAAGGACAUAUUCACAGGCUUGUGCAAACUUCCAGGACACUAUCACAUCGAGUUGGAUGAGAUGGUAAAGCCAGUACAGAACACCAGACGCAGAGUUCCUAUCCCAAUACGAGAGGAGCUGAAAGCAAAGCUCCAGAGUCUGGAACAAGAGAAAAUCAUCCGGAAAGUUGAAGAGCCAACUUCCUGGAUAAGCAGCAUGGUGGUCGUGAAGAAACCCAACAAGCUCCGCAUCUGCCUCGACCCCCAGAACCUGAACAAAGGCAUCAAGAGGAACCACUACCCAAUACCGACUAUUGAGAAAGUGGCACCGAGACUUGCAAAGGCCAAAGUCUUCUCGGUCGUUGACGCCAAAGACGGCUUCCUACAAGUCGUUCUAGACGAGGAGUCGAGCUACCUGACCACAUUCUGGACACCCCAUGGUCGGUAUCGUUGGCUUCGAAUGCCAUUUGGAAUCUCCUCAGCGCCUGAAGAGUUCCAGCGGAGAUUGGAUGUAGCCCUAGAGGGGCUAGACAACGUUGAAGUCAUCGCUGAUGACAUCAUCAUAUACGGCACUGGUGACACAGAGGAAGAAGCAGAAGCGUCACACGACACUGCCUUCAUAGCCCUCUUGAACAGAUCCAGAGAGCGUGGGCUAAAGCUCAACGCCAAGAAGAUCAAGUUCAAGAUGCCAAGUGUUGCCUACAUGGGCCACGUCAUCAGCGCCCAAGGACUGGCACCCGAUCCUGACAAAGUCAGAGCGGUGCAAGAGAUGCCCAAACCCACAGACGUACAGGGAGUACAGAGGUUGCUUGGAGUAGUAACCUAUCUGGCCAAGUUUAUGCCCAGACUCAGCGCAGUUUGUGAGCCACUGAGACGGCUUACGGACAAAGAUGUCAUGUUUGAUUGGAUGCCCCAGCAUGACAAGGCGCUGGACACAAUCAAACAACUGACCACACAUGCCCCUGUACUGCAGUUCUAUGACAUCAAGAAAGAGGUCUCCAUCGAGUGUGACAGCUCGGACGUGGGGUUGGGAGCCGUCCUCACCCAAGAGGGCAAACCAAUAGCAUACGCGUCACGCAGCCUCACUUCAAGUGAACGCCACUACGCCCAAAUUGAAAAGGAAUGUCCAGCCAUUGUCUUCGCAGCAGAGCGUUUCGACCAGUACAUCCUAGGACGUAGCAACGAGCGGAUCCAGACUGACCAUAAGCCGCCCAUGCCCAUCUUCACCAAACCCAUCCUCACCAAUCCCAAGCGCUUACAGAGGAUGCGGCUCAGGUUGCAGAAAUACUCACUCAACGUGGAGUAUAAGCCUGGACCUGAAAUGUACAUCAGUGACACCCUCUCACGAGCAUCGCUGCCUCAACGAGAAGUCACAAGUGACACGCCACCAUAUGUCAUCUUCCAGGUUGCAGAAGAAUGCCAUUUCCAGGAGGAGUUGGCAGAAAUCAACAUGGAGGCUGACGUGUUUGUCUCAGACGAGAGACUCCAGCGUAUCCAAGAGGAGACUCUCAGAGACACAACUUUCCAAACGUUGGCAAACAUGGUCAUUACGGGAUGGCCAAGCAACAAGCAGGAGGUACCCCUAUGUAUCCGCGAGUAUUGGCCCUACCGGGAUGAGCUAGCCACACAGAAUGGUAUCAUCUUCAGAGGCACCAGAGUUGUGAUACCCACCAAUAUGAGACGUGAUCUUAUCGUCAGAGCCCAUGCAUCACACCUAGGGAUCCAGAGCAGCAUCAACAAAGCCCGUGAGAUAAUGUUCUGGCCACAUAUGAGCCAGGAACUGACUGAAGCCAUUCAGAAGUGCCCUACUUGUCAGAAGGCCCAACCAGCAAACUGCAAAGAGCCUCUAAUGACGCAUCCCCUACCCACAGUGCCGUGGCAAGUUGUUGCCACUGACUGUUUCGAGCUAGACGGUCAGUCGUACUGUGUCUUCAUAGAAGUUGUGGAACUGGAGGACAUGACCACGGAGACUCUGGUGAAGAAAACCAAACCAGUCUUUGCCACACACGGCAUACCAGCUACGCUGAUCAGUGACAAUGGGCCAAACCUUGCCUCUCGUGAGUUCAGGCAGUUUGCUCGCGAAUGGGACUUUCGCCACAUCACUACAAGCCCUCACCACAGCAGAGCCAAUGGCAAAGCUGAAUCCGCCGUCAAGAUCGCAAAAGGUCUCAUCAGAAGAUCCAAACGCGAUGGUGGAGACAUGUGGCAGUCCAUUCUCGAGUGGCGUAACACUCCAACACCCAGGAUGGACAGCUCUCCGGUCCAACGCCUCAUGUCACCCAGAAGCAGAACCCUUAUGCCGUGCAACAACACACUGUACAAACCAGAAAUCCAGGAAGCUGUGCCAGACCAGAUAGCGCGAAAGAGACAACAGGCCAAGAAAUUCUACGACCGCACUGCCAAACCACUCCCACAGCUGGUAGUUGGCCAAACUGUAAGGGUCAAAACCCGCCCUCAGGUCGACCAUGCUCCUUGGAAACCUGGGGUCAUCAAAGACAAGGUUGCCCCUCGAAGCUACAUUGUUGAGGUGGAUGGGCGACGGUACCGCAGAAACAGAGUUCACCUCAGGGACACACUGGUUACACACGACACCAGAAAGCCAUCUGACAGUGAAGCCCUGAUCAUGGACAUAGCUCCCACAACACCUGACCCAAUGGCAAAAUCAUUAGACUCUCACAGUGAGCCACAGGUGGUUACUAGGUCCGGCAGAAUCUCCAAGCGUCCUCAAUAUCUAAAGGACUACGUGACCUAAACGACCACGGUCAUAAGGAGAACUGUUACAAAACUCCCACAAAUGAACUCAGACAUUUGUUGUUACUUAUGCUUUUUUUUCAGCAUUUUCUGUACUUAUUAGCAUGUGAAGUGUUUACUCUUAGCUUUAGUGUUUAUCCAGCUGUUUGCAAAAUAUUGUUGUUGCCGUUCAAAAAAGAAAAAAAAGGAGUUGUUAUGGAAAAAAUGUAUGGGCAAGACAUUUAACUCCAAACAAAGGGAGAUGUUAUGGCAUUAGACAGAUCAUAUGGCAAUUAUAGUGCCCCGUAGUUUUAGCCAAGCCAUCCCUGUGUUCCAUACGUUCUAGAGCAUACAAUAAAGCAGCACUGUUCGUUACUAGACUGU